GCGGCCUUCUGAUUCCUGCGGGUCCUGCGCGUGAGGCUCCGGCUGCGCGGACGCGGGGACCCGUGCGCCUGCGGGCCGGAACUACCGCUAGGAAAACCACCUUUCAGGUGCAGAGCGCGGAGGGAGGAAACUCCGCUUGCUUAGGCGGUGGGUUUUGUGGUUUGGCGCUGUCCGGAGUCGCUGUUCCAAAAGAGAGAAGCAAGGUUGUGAGAGACAAAAGCGAUACCAUUCGGGGCAGAAUAAGUGAUAUUUCAUUUGAAAACCACCACUCAGCCGUGGUAUCAGGAACCCGAAGUCGGAAUCCGAUUAGAAUAUACCGCCACGGGAGCCUGGAAAAGCGCUGCUUAAACUUUAACCUAGAAAAAGUCAACUCAAACUUAUCAACCUAAAACUGAGUCCGAGCCCCAUGGCUGGGAGUUACAGAGUCAUGGGUGACGAUAGUUCUAUGGAUUACACUGUGCAUGAAGCCUGGAAUGAAGCCACCAACGUCUACCUGAUAGUGAUCCUUGUUAGCUUUGGACUCUUCCUGUAUGCCAAAAGGAACAAAAGGAGAAUUAUGAGAAUAUUCAGCGUGCCACCCACAAAAGAAACUUUGACAGAGCCCAACUUUUAUGACACAAUGAGCAAAAUUCGUUUAAGACAACAACUGGAAAUGUAUUCCAUAUCAAGGAAGUAUGACUAUCAGCAGCCACAAAACCAAGCUGACAGUGUGCAGCUUUCACUGGAAUGAAACCUCAGAAAAUGAGCAACAUAAGUAAUUAUUAGCUGGGGGGUGGUGACCCAUGGGCAUAUAACUCCAGCACUUGGGAGGCUGAAGCAGGAAGUUUACCAGAUCAGGAUCAGUCUGGGUUAUAUACCAACUUUAGCCUGAACUAUAAGGCUGGGAAGACCCUGUCUCAAAAAACAAAAAUUUAAAAUUUAAAAUGACUAAUUGUCAACAGUACCAUGGCAAAAUCCUACUUCCUUCUACUAUAUCACAAACAACAUUAAAGAAAAGAAAAAAGAAAAA